CCAUCGACCAAGCUAUGGCCACAGUUAGAAGCCCCAUUGGCAAUCCCAAUGGGCCUGACACUCAUCACGAUACGAACGUCUCAGCCUCUCGUCCCGCUUCCGUCAGACCAGGGGACUCCGCGGGCAGCUCUUCCGCUACAAAUCCUUCCCAAGAUUACAAGCAGCCGCAGGGGAUCCAGCAGGACUCGCGUGAGGCUUUAUCACAUCCUGAGGAAGAUACCUUCGAUCGCCUCUUCGAGCGCCUCUCUCAUAAACGCACAGAUGUUCCUCACCAUCGCGCCUCCUUCGCCUCUACCAGCACUGAGCUCACGAACUCUGCAUCCUCCACUCUAACAUCAUUCUCUGACGUCGGUCAGCGCCUGUCCCAGCUCCUUCAGUUUGCAUACCAGACGAAGGAGCAAGCAGGAAAGUCCAUCAAGGAGAUGGAACAGACUCAGAAAAUGUCCGAAGAGCUGAUCGAUGUGGCGGAGAAGGCUAUGACGGACUUCGUCAAGGCGAAGGAACAAGCUACGAGCGGAAAGGAGAUGGCAAAAAGGAUGGUUGGGUUUGUUGAGGAUAUGCUGAGCUGGGAAUCGUCUGCUGAAGACGAGCAGCAGAGGCUCGUUCAAGCUAUACGGCCUCAGAUAGCUGCAUGGCAGACUGAGGAGUCAGAGAGAAAGAAGCGAGAAGCGGAGCGCAAGAUGGCCGAGUUGAAGUUCGAGAUGGAGCGAAGAGCAGCGGAGGAACGACGACGACGUGACGAAGAAGAGGCCACGCGGAUCGCAACUGAGAAGCGUCUCGACGAUGAACGGCGUGUUCUAGAGGUCAAGGCUCGACUUGCGAAGGAGCAAGAGGCCGUACGCAAGGAGGCUGAGGAGAAAGAGACGAGGCGCAAGAAAGACGAAGAAGAACGCCAGGACCGCGAACGUAUGGAAGCCGCUGCCAAGCUGCGCGAACAGAUAUCAAAAGACAAGGCCAAGGAACUCACGAGACAACGCGACGCAGCCAUUGCCAACAGAAAUGGUGAGAACCGACCUCCCGCGUCUCAAGAUACGUCGCCUACUCCUCAGCAGGAGCGUGCAACUGCUUCGAGAAUAGUGUCGGGCGGAGUUCUCCUUUCAGCCAAUCCGGUGGUACCUGUGCAGCAGACGUCAUCUUCGUCAAAAGCAGCCUUACCGUCCUCUACUAAUCCUCAUCCCAACUCGCGCCCAACUCUGGAUAGUUCUUCCCAUGUGCGAAUGGAGACAUCGAAGAGCACGUCGUCCAAUGGAUUUGUUCCCGCGAAGACUGACGCUGGACGCGAGGUCAAUACCGAGAAGCCGUUCGCUUCAACCACCUUGGCAUCCGAACGACUGGUUUCACAGACAGGCCCCGAAAGAACAUCCUCGUCUGACCAAAAUUUCAAACCAAUCUCUGCAUCUGCGGCUCAGAUUUCAAUAGAAUCGCGCAGAGUUCAGAAUGAUUCGCCUAGCACUCGUGACGUCAACUCUACGAAGCGCGGUAGUACUCUCGGACCAUCACCCAACUCUCAUUCCGCCCCUGUUCGUUCAGCUGAUGCUGACAACGUAAUCGUCAAAACCGAACCUCUAACGGAGCCUACUCUACCACUGACACCAACAACCCAGACCCCGUCAGAUCCACGAAAGAGACACACCCCAGCUCUCAAGGUGCAGACCCAUACCGCUGUAACACCACUACCGACAUCUCUUCCUGCCAAACCUAUACCACUCCGCGACAACGGACGCUCUCUGCCCGCCUCGCGCUCCCCUAGUUCAUCGCGCAGGACUAUCGCCCGCGGAUCCCAAUCGCAAAGUCCAGCCGAACGCAAACAUCAGGAUUCGACCUUUUUCAGAUCAGAGCGAAGCCCUGACGGACGACAGUCUCAUAAAGAUGCCAGUGGUUCGUCUUCAGCUCAGGUGUCUCCCACCACGUCAGUUGGAGAUGGCGGGUGGUCGAACGUGCAUAGAGGACCAUCAUCCUUACAGCUCUCGGAACGCGGAGUAGCAGUUUCGAGCCCUCAUAGGCCUCCCUCCCCACUCUAUAGCGAUAGUAAUCGCGGUCAUAGAGCGUUAGCGACGACCUCUGAAGACACCAGGGCUCGACGGGGCGACCAUUACUCACCUGAGCGGAGACAACUCUCACCUUUACCGUCGGGGAAGCAACGCGGCGAUCACUGGGAACCUGACUUAGGACAUGAAUCACCCUCUACGCUAUCCCGUAAAAGACGACGUGCCGGUGACGAUGUACCCUCUGAACGCGCGUACAAGAGGAUCACAUCCGAUCAAGUCGUUCCUUCGGAUUACGGGCAUUAUUCUUCACCGCCCAGAGCACCUCCGCUACCGGCAAGCCAUAUUCGACGAGGCGGAGACUCUUAUCGUCCUGGUAGGGACGGAUCUCUCAGUCCGCCGCCGAGUAGGCAUGUGGAUAUCAACCGGAACUAUACCGAUGAACGGCUAUCCUCUGGUAACAGCUUCGGGGGAAAUCUGCCAUCGUCUAAAAGCGCAAACGACAGCGUCUACCAAGACGAUUAUCUUGCUAGAAACGUGUCGGGAUUCGAUCGGCUCCAACAACAAGAAUAUUGGGACCAGGCUCCGCAGGAGUACCAGCAGUACUCCGAAUACAACUUUGGUAACGGGGACGACCGUGGGGCCGGUGGGGCCUACGACGAACAAGUUGAAGUUGAACAUCGUGGACACUCACCUCUGCCACAAGCACACUCGCCGCCACGACCACUAUCCCUACCUCCUGCACGUGAUGGGUCCUCAUUAUUGAACAGGAUGGAGACUCUGCAGCAAACCAACUUCCAAACUCCACGAAAAGCGAAGCACGCUCCUGGACAACCUCGUACUCGAAAGGGAGCUCAAGCGCAGGUGACUCAACAUCAAUACAACACGAAUGGCCAGAACCUUGGGAGUGGUCGUGGUGGCAAGGGCAAGCGUCAACAGAGACAACAAACGACGGGAAAUCCAGGUCAAUCGACAAGCCUUAUUGAUCGGAUGAAGUCGAAUCUGCAGUCACGCAUCUCCGAGUCGAAGAGCUGAUGGUUGUUGGGUUUGAUUCGUGGGGCGUGUGUUGACAUGUGCGCUACGCGAACAUGGUCGCUCUUUUCUUCCUCUCCGGGUUUCUUUCUUUCUUUCCUGCUUGCUGCUUUGGCGGCCUUUAAUAGCUUGUCGUCGAACUUUCGGGUCUUGCCUGUCAAUAGUCUGUCUCUUAUUCUUUACCUUUGCCUAAUAGUAUUGUCUGCGCUGUAGAGAAUUCAUCUUUCUGUGCGAAUGACCCC